UCAUAGUGCGUGAUGUGUCUUGUCAACGUCAGCUUCAGCAGCACUUUAUACCGGAAUUAUUCACGCGAUUACGCGGGCGCCACGGAACCUUCGGCUGCCCUCUUCCCCGACGACGUGGCCUUGGCGAAAGCAGGGUCCGAGUCGAGUCGAGUUGUGCAAGUGGUCUGCGGGAUGGGGGCAAGGACCACCACGUGACGCCCACGCCGAGUGAGAGGGAUUUGCUGAGCAAAUUGAGUAAGCCGUCGAGGGUUGUAUACACAAAGGAUAGGCCGUCAGGAUGGGCAAAUUGCGAGGAAGGGCGAAGACGAGGGUGUCGCGAUUGGUCUGUUCGGAUGCCGGAUUGGGGUAGGCGGGAUGCAGGGCUGGCAGUCCCCCGGUCAUCUUCCCUCAGCCUUCCGCUUCCCGGAAGCGAAAUCUGGCGAUAGCUGGGAAUGGGGAAUGGGCUGACAUCCUCGCGCCAACCUGCCGCCUGCCUUGGCGAUCUCUCUCUCUCUCUCUCUCCCCGCCCGCUUCCAUUCGUCUCCCAUCCUCUUCGUCACCACUCCUCCACCCACCAUAGCACACAUGUGCUCCUCCCCCCCAUCGCCCUCGCCCUCGCGUCGCCGGUAAAGGCAGCAAUGGCGGAGAUCGAGCCGGAGAGGGACCGGCCGGCAUCCCUCCUCCCGCGAUGGCCCAGCCUGUCCGCCAACCUCGUCACCAUUCUCAAUCCCUUCGCCGCCGACGCCAACAACAAGCCUGCGCCCGACGCCAGCAAUGCCGGCCCCAAGCGACCCUCAUUCAUCUCCAGCUUCUUCUCCCCGCAACCCCCCUCCCAAUCCUCCGACCCGCGCGACGACGAUGACUCGAUCAUGUUCGCCGAGCCCGACACGCGCAGCAACAGUGACGAAGGGUCACGCGAGGGCAGCGUGGACGACGAGGUGGCGCGCAAGGCCAAGAGGUGCAAUCGCCCGAAGACCUCCUACAGCAUCUGCCAUCCGCCCCCGGCGUCGACAACGCGCCAGAAGCUGCACCGCCGUCCCCGCUCGCUCCUCCAGCUGCAUCGCCUCUCCUCCCACGCCCGACCGAGCCCGGCCUUCGAAGUCAUUCCCAGCGCCAACUACAGCGUGCGACUGACCCGAGCCAUCACCAAGCUCUUCCCCACAAGACACGCCCGCUGCGCGAGUGAUUUGGUGGUGCUGAAGGCCGAGGCAUACUCAUCCCUCGAGUCCGACGAAGAGCGGGAUGCUAGCGAUAUCAUCGCGCUCAUCUGCACGGGACGGAAAGACGACGCACAUGCGGGCAGCCGGGCCAAGAUCUGUUUUGCCGACGGGCGGGAAUGGGAGGCGUACACCACCCUGACGGGCGGGUACGAAUUGUUCACUACGGAUGAGCAUGGGUUGGGCGUCACGGUCAGAUGGGUACCCAAGAAGUGCAAAGAAAGCGGCAGGAAGAAGUUCAAUUUCUCCACCAUCUCCCCCAAUAGUCGGCGACACCCGGUCAUCGCGACCCUCGACCGGGCGCGAGUGGACAUCAACGACACCUUCAAAAUCCCCAAUGCAAGCGCCGCAACUCCACUAAGCACGCCAAGACAAGCCGCGACUCCCCUAGCUGACACGAUGGCGGAAGAGGCAGAAGAGACGGAUCAGUGUGAGACAGACGAUCGCCUGCGGGAAGUCAUUGCAGUCUCGAGUAUGUGGGUCACUUUCAAAGAAGGCUGGUCUCCGACGUUCAAGUACGAUGAGAAGGAGAGAGACAUCGUGCCAUCAUUGCCGCGGUCCCCCAGCCUCCAGGCAACGCCGGCGAGGGGUGGGGCCUCGUCGACCUCUCUCGUGCCCAACUCCCCGGUCCCGUCCGGCUCGGGGUCGCCUGUGCUGGAGAAGCGCAUGUCUAUGGGAAGUUCGAGCUCGGUCAAUCUAUUCCGCAAAGGCAGUAUAUUCGGCCGGUCCAACCCACAAUUGAUCACGAACGACGACAGUGGGUCGGCGCCGCCCUCGCCCAAUCCUCAAAGCCCGACAAAGACUGGGCGCUCUAGAGCGGAUUCGGCAUCUACAGUGCUCGUUCACCGCGCAGCCAGCAACCGAAUGCGCAAUACGGCGAGCACGCGACCAGAAGGGCUGGCGUCGCAGCCAGAAACGCGAGAGCCUUCAAGCCCGGUCGGAGCGGCAGGUGUGCACGUGGAUGACGGAGGCCUCCCGCUGCGGAAGGCGGAGUCUGUCGCGCGGCCCAUCCUACCCCCACCUCCAGAAUCUCAGAACAGUGUGGAUGGGCGAGGUGGGAGUAAGUCGAAGAAUGGCAGCAGCGCGUCGCGCAGCAGGCAGCUCAAGAGUGCAGAGAACGGGAAGCGGGAGGGGAGUGCGACGAGCGACAACACCACAUCCUCGAGAGGCGCGUUGAACAAGCCGCCACUCAAGCCGGUCAAGAAGAAGAAAGGCGGGUUCAGGAGACUACUGUGUGGCAAUGGGUAGGAUGAUCGAUUGCGCUGCAGCAAACCUGCGGGCCACUGUACUAAUAGGAAUGCUACCUGUACGUGAACAGACACAAGGAGCUCAUGGCACUUACCAACAAGUCCCGCUCUCACCAAUCAUCC